UUAUCAUGUAAUAGAAUAGCCGCAAGAGGAAAGGGCCUUCUUCCUCUGGAGCUGCUAACAGUACUGGUACAGGAAAUACAAUUGGUCCUUCACCCAACUCUCAACCAUCAACGCCAUCCACCCAAACCCCUGGAGACGGAGUUUCUAUGGCUGGUAAUUUGCCAAAUGCCAGUAACGUUCCGAAAAGUAUUAUGAUGUAUGGUGCAGAUGGAACUGGUGGCCUUGCAUCGUCCACAAACCAGCUGGAUGACAUUGAACAAUUUGGAGAUGUUGGCUCCUUAGAAGAUAAUGUGGAAUCCUUUUUAUCACAUGAUGAUGGAGAUGGAAGGGAUCUUUUUGGCACAUUGAAACGGAACCCUGCACAUUCUGCAGAAGCUUCAAAGGGUAUAGAUGAUUUCAUGUUUGAAAAUGUUUUUUUCUCCUAAAUUUGUUAAAUGUUCAUUGAUAGCAUGGUCAAAGAUGCAUGAUUCAUGAUAUCCAAACAACUAAUGGUAUUAGCCUAAAAAUUUGGCCAUCAUGACUGCUCUUCUACCCGUCAAUUGUCUCUAACAGCUUCUCCUUCGUCACCUUGUUGCCAAGGUGUGUUUCAUCAUCCAAAGCAUAGAGCUUGAACUUGAAACUAGGAUCAUGCAUGGCAACUUGGGUCCAUGCAACCCAGGAACCUUAUUACAGAAGGAACCUAUGACCAUGUGUGUUUUUUAUCCCAGCAUUAUCACCACCUACCUCCUCUUCUUUCCCAGAGAGGAGCCCUUUGGGAUACACUCCAAAACUGGUUGAAUGUUCACCACCAACCAAUGGGUCCACAAUACAAUUGGGUAUUUUGGUUCCGGGGCAUCAA